AUGUCAUCGAGACUCAUCCUUGCGCUAUGCGCUUUCCAUUUCUUCAAUGAUCAGAUUCACGCUAACCGUGAGGUCACAUUCACGCAAAUCCAUGGCAAAUUCCUUGCAAGAACGCUUUACCAAAGGUCCAUAGACGAUGAAGUGUUGUGCCUCAAUAUUUGCUAUGACCAGAGGCAAUGCAAAUUCGUCCAUUAUUCUGAGGACAACUGCACUAUUUACGGAUCGGGGAACAUCCCUUAUUACUCCUGCGAAAUUACGUACAAGCUCGACCGAACCCUAACGAGUUCAUUCUGCACUUUCGAAAUCCCGAUUCGACGGAAUGUAGAAUUCAAGCCCAUCGAAGUGCUACAUGACCAGGACGUAGUUUGUAGUGGACUACCAUCUGAAGUGACAACUAUCCACAUGUACUUGACAGAGAAACUAUUGGCAAUCUACAGUAUUUCCGAUUUGAUUGGAAACUACACUGAAGUCCAAAGAUUAUUCUUCGCAAAAACUCCUCAGUCUCACUGCACCUCUAUUCCUGUCUUUACAGGCGCCAGCAACAGCAGACUGUACUUCGGUGACGUCUACAACACCAGCGGUUACUACUUUUUGAAUGCCUAUGCCUUCACUGGAAAGUGUGCCUGCAUUGUCAACGCCUGCUGUGGCAAUAUUGUGAUCAGCGAAUACUUGAGCGGCACUGACACAACAUCGACGAAUCAUAAAACCAUUUACAGUUACAUUUAUUCUAAUUCUGAUCACCCCACUUUUUUCUUCAGUUUGCACAACAAACAGAGUGAGCAGCAAUACUACAUUGCCGGCGAAGAAUGGCUUGCUUUUCUAUAG